ACUCUUGGCUCCCAACGCCGUGUCCGCACGCCUUCAGCCAGGGGGGCAACCAUACUUGAGGCACACGAUGGGCUGUUCAACCGUCAGGCUGCAUUUUUUGCAGUUCCCAGAUGAGCAUAGCCUCAUUCUGGCCCUUUUCACUGCUGCGUCGAUAUGGCAUCCCCAACCGCUCAGGACGGCAUGUCCAGGCUGAACGAGACGCCUCAGGCUCCUGCCCACCACGACAGCGACACAGGUACCAAGACGUCCGAUGGCGAGAAGCCGAUCGAGCCUUCAGGCCCUCCUGAGAAAGGCCCUGGUGCUACGCCGGGUCCUCCCCCAAAUGGCGGUGUCGUCGCCUGGCUCCAGGUCGUCGCCGGCUUCUUCAUCUUCUUCAACACAUGGGGUAUGCUGAGCACCUUCCCCGUGUUCCAGACCUACUACGAGUCCGGCGAACUGUUCGAAACCUCAUCGGCCAACAUCUCGUGGAUCGGCUCCAUCCAAUGCUUCCUUCUCCAGCUCACCGGCAUCAUCUCGGGGCCGGUGUACGACCGGGGCUACCUCCGCACCCUUCUCCUCGUCGGUAGCUUCAUGGUCGUUUUCGGCACGAUGAUGCUCUCUUUGUGCACCGAAUACUGGCAGGCGCUGCUUGCCCAGGCCUUUUGCGUCGGCAUCGGCGCCGGUCUACUUUUCGUGCCCACCGUGUCUCUCAUUCCAACCUGGUUCAGCACGCGGAUGGGUCUCGCUGUCGGCAUCGCCUCGUCGGGCUCGUCCCUCGGCGGCGUCAUCUACCCCAUCGUCCUCUCGCGCCUAAUCACGCAAGUCGGCUUCCCCUGGGCCGUGCGAGCCAUCGGUUUCAUCGCCCUCGCCACCUUCAUCCUGCCGAUCGUCGCCUUCAAAUACCGCAUUCGGGUUCCCAAGCCGCGUGCCAUGAUCGACUGGUCCGCCUUCACCGACUGGCCCUUCAUCACCUUCACGCUGGCCGUGCUCAUCAUCUUCAUCGGUCAGACGGUGCUGCUCUUCUACAUCUCCUUCUACCCGGAGAACCGGCACUUCACCGACACGUCGCUGGCGUUUUACAUUGCCGCCAUCUUCAACGCCGGCUCGACGCUCGGCCGGAUCCUGCCCAACGCACUGUCGGACCGCAUCGGCGUCUUCAACACCAUGGCUCCGCUCACCAUGAUUCUGGGCGUCACCCUGUUUUGCCUCCUCGCCGUACACAACGCGGCCGGCAUCAUCGUCCAGGCCAUCGUAACGGGCUUCCUCAGCGGCGUCGUCAUCGCCCUGCCGCCCGUCUGCUUCCGCAUCCUCACCGCAAAUAAGGCCAUGAUUGGCACCCGGGUCGGCCAAGGCUUCUCGAUUGCAGGGUUUGGUUUGUUGCUCGCGGGACCAAGUGCAGGGACCAUCCUCGGCACAGUGGAACCGCUGAACUGGACCGGCCUGUGGGUGUACGCGGGCGUUACGGUUUGCGCGAGUUCCCUGAUCUUGUUUGGUCUCCGGUUUUCGAAGUCUGGGCUGGCCCUCAAAGUCAAAUGUUGAUAGCACAAAACUUCGAACCGUCAACAGUGAUCACGGUGUGCUUGCAUGCUGGCUUAGGGAGAUGAACAUUGCGAUUGGCAUAAUCAAGGGUAGCAUUGUCGAAGAGAAGGACGAACAUAAGCUGCAGGUGCAGCCGCAAGGCAAUACACUGGUGAUAUCCAAGGGCUUGGUCGUUGGUGGAUGGAAAGAAUUCAUCAAACAGGUCGAUAAUUUUGGCCUUGGCACUGGUCGAGACGAGAGAGGUGGAGCACAUUUGGGUGUGCGGAUCGGGAUUACCCGAGGAAAGAAGUUGACAUACGGAGGUACCCGACAUCAAGAGAAGUCAACGACACCAUUAAUACUAGGGAUACCUGGUCUAGAACUUAUUACAGCGGCUAGAAGAACCCAUAUUUAAUCCUAGUAAACAAAGCAAGUUCAUUCUU